AUGAGUACCAGCGGCCCGGCGGCACCUGGGGACGUCCCCACGCUGCCGCCGCCACCGCCCGGGCCCGCCUCGGGGCCCGCACCGCCCGCUCCUGCGGCUACUGCUCGGGACGCUAUGGACGGACGAGCUGAGCUGCCCAUCUUCCCCCGGGCCGGAGUCCCACCGCUCGCGGCCAGCGACACUGCGCCCGCGGUGCCCGAGGGGGCUGGAGCGGCCCGGCCCGCCGCGCCCCCGCGCCCCACCUCCUUCUCGGUGCUGGACAUCUUAGAUCCCAACAAGUUCAACAGCAGGAGACGCCGGUGCGUGCUACUGGGCCCUGUGGUGCCCGCUACGUGUGCCCCAUGCGCCCCGGCGGCCGCGUGCGUCCCGGUCCCCGCUGCCUCCGGACGCUCGCCGCGCGCAGAGCUGGAACGCCGAACCCUUUCCGCCACCACGGGAGUUGCAGCGGCUGCGGGAGCUGAGCCUACAAGUGCUGCAGACUCUUACAGGGCGGACGAGGCCGAGGCCAACGGCUACAGCAGCGGCAGUGGCCGCAGCCCGACCGCGGACAGCGAGGAUGAAGCGCCGGAGGACGAGGACGAGGACGAGGCGCCCGAGGUGCAGGAUGCUCACGGCACGGAGGAGGUGCGGGGAGGCAGCGGCGGCCUCGGGGCCCGCGGGUCGGGCUGCCCCGGAGCAGCCGAGGUCGAGGCUUCCCCCGUGGAUGAGGCCACAGCCCCAGGGCCCCGUGGGAACUCGCCCGCAGCCCCGGGCCCGCCUGCAACAGCUACGGGAGCGGGGGGCGCGGGGAGCACCCCGCAGGGCGCGGCCGUGGCCACAAAACCCAAGCGGAAGCGCACGGGCUCGGACUCGAAGUCCGGGAAGCCGCGGCGUGCGCGCACCGCCUUCACCUACGAGCAGCUCGUGGCGCUGGAGAACAAGUUUAAGGCCACUCGCUACCUGUCGGUGUGCGAGCGCCUCAACCUGGCGCUGUCGCUGAGCCUCACCGAGACGCAGGUGAAGAUCUGGUUCCAGAACCGCCGAACCAAGUGGAAGAAGCAAAACCCAGGCGCCGACACGAGCGCGCCGACCGGCGGCGGCGGGGGCCCCGGCCCAGGAGCAGGGCCCGGCGCGGGACUGCCCGGCGGCCUCAGUCCGCUCAGCCCCUCGCCGCCCAUGGGCGCGCCGCUCGCCUUGCACGGCCCGGCCGGGUACCCGGCGCACAGUCCGGGAGGGCUGGUGUGCGCCGCGCAGCUGCCCUUCCUGUCCAGCCCCGCCGUGCUCUCGCCCUUCGUGCUGGGCUCGCAGACGUACGGCGCGCCCGCCUUUUAUGCGCCCCACCUCUGAACCUCGGUGCCAGGACCUCGGUGGGGACCGCGCCACGCGGCCUCGCGGCCGGAGGACCUAAGGCGAGCGCGGCCGUCUCUUUUCUAAGGUUUCAAUCGUUGUUCCUGUAUAUAGCCGGUUCCUACAGAAGAGAAAUUUAUAAACGAGUGUGCGCGGGGGUCAAACGGGAGGCUCCCGUGGCCUGCUUCAAGCACUUUGCAGAACUCU